UAUCUAUAUCCCCCCCGUUUCCUUGAACAAACCUUCACUUUCUGCGACGUGGGAGGGGCAAGGUUCAAUGACGAGCCUCAAAUAUCGUAUUUAACGCAACAUAAAGAGGAAAAACAUCAACACAGAAGAUCCAACAGCGCCACCAAGUGGUGUUUGACUUUGACGGUGAACCAGAAGGAUCCUUUUCAAAGACUGCGGAGACUCUGGUACGAGUGGAGCGCACAUUGUCCUCAGCGGGAUGAUUCAAACUUUUUCUCUUUUUACGUUCUUUUGUCAACCAACUGCAAACUUUCUGUGCGUUAUAACUUCGUACUUUUCGGAUUGACUUUGCAAUCUGAACGAAGCCGCGCCAAAAGCUUUUUUUCCCCCCACAGAAGUUUCAACAUGAUUGUCAACGUCUUCGUGGCUCUGUUCGUUUUAUACUUCACAGCCGGCUCUGGGACCACAGAGUACGACCAAUACGAUGACUUUGUAGAAGAAGACUACGGCCCUCAGCUGGACUACCAACACCCAAACUGGUGCCAUUCUCCGGGUCUGACCAAUGGAGAGGUGACCUGCCGCUCCCCCCGAGGCCCGGCCUUCAGGAGCACGCUGGGCACCCGCUGCGAGAUGAGCUGCGACCGAGGGUACCGGCUGCUGGGGAGGACCUCAAUCCAGUGCCUCGCCAACAGGCGCUGGUCCGGCACCGCUUACUGCCGCAAGGUGCGUUGCCAUCUGCUGCAACUCAUUCCACACGGCAGGUACACCUGCACCCAAGGCUUCGUGGUGGACUCCAGGUGCGACUUCACCUGUGACCCCGGCUAUCGCAUCGCGGGGCAACACUCACGCACCUGCCAGCGCAGCGGCUCCUGGAGCGACGCACAGCCGGAGUGUGAAGAUACCGAUCCGCCAAAGAUCAAGUGUCCUCCGUCCCGACUUAAGGCCGCUGAGCCUGGAAAACUCACUGCUACGGUGACCUGGAAUCCGCCCACUGCUACAGACACCGCGGAUAAAUCACUCAAUGUGAUAUUGGUGGGCCAGGAGCCAGGCACCGACUUUGAAGAGGGAGCGAGCAUCAUACAAUACAAAGUGUACGAUCAAGCCAGGAACAGAGCGGCCUGCAAGUUUAUCGUACGCGUCGAGGUGAGAAGGUGCCCGGUGCUGGCCGCGCCUCAGCGCGGCUUCCUCACCUGCUCCUCUGACGGGAAUAACUACGGCGCCACAUGCGAACACCACUGCGAAAGGGGAUAUGAGCGGAGGGGCCCGUCCAGUCGCGUCUGCCAGUUCGACCGCAGCUGGGAAGGAAGCCUCGUCGAGUGUGUUCCAAUGGAGAUUAAAUCAGACGUGAGGACGCUUUCCGAUCUCCUGAAUCAGUUCUAUGAAAAGAGGAGGCUGCUGAUCGUGUCUGCGCCCAACAUAUCUGACCCGGACUAUCAGCUGCAGAACACCAUGAUUCAAAAAUCCGACUGCGGAUUAGAUCUGCGACGUGUCACCGUCAUCGAGCUCUGGGGCUCCCCACCCGGAGAGACGGGACGCAUUAAAGAAGGUCUGCUCAGCUCUGAAGCCAUCCAAGGGCUGAGACAAGUGUUCAAGAUCUCCAGAUUCCACUUCAGCAUGUUGCUGCUGGACGAGCUCGGGCUGGACCGAGAGCGCUUCAUCACCCCGCAGGCGUCCCAUGAGCUGUUCUACUACAUCGAUAGCUUCCUGCUGGACGAAGAGGAGCGAGGGAGACUCGAGCUCCAGAGGGACUUCUGCGGCUGAUUUAAUAAACUUCUCCGGUUGCCACGGCGAUAAACUCAUCAGGUUCACUGAACACAAGAGGAGGGGAGGAGGACAAACAACCCCGACACCAGGUCCGGGGGGACAUUAGGAGGGAAAACAGGACUAGAAGGCAGUUCCUCGUGUUUAAAUGUAAUCACUUAACACUGACGUUUUAGCACCGUUUUCUCUCAAUACAGAAAACGGAGAUCGCAGAAAGUAAAAUGCAAAAAAAUGAAUAUAUGUUUAACCAAAGACCAAAAUGAGGUUGGAUACAUGGCGUAUUAGUAGAUCUGAUAUUCAAUGACAACAACAGACUGUGGAAGUUCUUGAGUGUUUUUAAAUCCAGCUGGUUUGGACAAUCAAGCAAGUUAUUGACUUUAGUACAAUUUUUAUUGGGUGAACAUUAAUGGAAACCUACAGGCGACCGAUCACACAUAAGAGUUAAAAAUCUACAUAGAAAUCAGCAAAGACACAAUUAAUCAUUUAAAAUAAGUAUUUUCUUGUAAUAUAAAUAAAAUGCUUACAGAA